AUGGAAAAUGCAACAUAUUUUCACUUUAUGUUGUUUGAAAAUCUUGGACAUAUAAGAUAUUCUUUAUUCAGUUUGGGCUUUAUUCUGUAUUGUGCUAUUAUAUUUUUUAAUGUUCUUAUUAUUCUUGCAAUAUUUCUGGAAAGGACAUUACACCAGCCAAUGUACAUUCUGAUUUCAUGUUUAUCUGUCAACUCUGUGUUUGGUACAGCUGGCUUUUUCCCAAGAGUACUGACAGACUUGCUGUCUGAUAUACAUUCAAUCUCCCGUGAAGCAUGUUUCUUCCAGUCUUUUGUCAUUUUCACGUAUGCAGCAAAUGAGUAUACAAUAUUAAUGUUAAUGGCAUUUGACAGAUUUGCUGCAAUUGGCAAACCUUUACAAUACCACAACAUAAUUACACCAAGGUUUCUAACAAUUUUAAUAGUUAUGAACUUGACUUAUCCAGUGAUUUUACUUGGUAUUGCUGCUCUUUUAACUACAAAACUGACAAUGUGUGGAAACAAAUUGUUUAAGGUGUACUGCCACAGUUAUGAAAUAGUCAAGCUUUCCUGUGAAAACACUAUAGUUAAUAAUGCUUUUGGCAUUUUUAUAAUGAUUGUAACUUCUGUCAUCCCUUUGUGUUUAAUAUUAUACUCUUAUCUAAAAAUUCUCAUCAUUUGUCAAAGAAGUUCAUCACAGUUUAAAGGCAAAGCGUAUCAAACUUGUAUUCCACACAUAGUGGUCCUUUUGAAUUUCUCAGUUGCUGUUAUUUCUGAUGUUACUUUGAGUCGGGUUGUGACUUUACAUCUUCCUAUAGGGCUGUCAGUUUUUCUUUCACUGGAAUUUCUUAUUAUACCUCCCAUUCUCAACCCGCUUGUUUAUGCUUUAAACCUACCUGAUAUUCGCAAAAAAAUUUUUUACCUCAUAAACCCAUUAAAGUAG